AUCUCAAUCAGCCCAACGUCUUGUGAUCUAAUAAACUACCUAUAAUAUGCGGGGAGACGCCUCACUCUAAUCCAACCUGUCAUCCUUUGAUGAUGCCACUUUUCCACCUUUCAUCUAGCCUCGACGUUUUUUUCAACUAUCAUAAUACACCUAGUAUAACAACCAUGGCAAAGACAAAAUCUAGAAUUCAGCCGUUCAUAGAGGCUAUUCGUAAUGCCAGACAACUCAUCUUCACCGUCAUUGUCAUCGCCAUUUUCGCCAUUGCGUGGUUGGUUCAGGGUGGUUCGAUUGACAUGCCAGAAUGGACCAAAGACAUGCGACAUCUCGAGGGGGACGACUGGACGAAAUAUGCAGUGAUAAUCAUCGUCGCUGUCUGUGUGGUGUUUGCGCUUAUGAUGGCGACGGGGAUAGCAUUAUUGAGAUCGGAUAGUGCUCAUGGGUAUUCUUAAGUACGCGGAAGCUACGGAGGUAGGAGAUCUGUUGAAAUGCUUUUGUGCGGGAUAAACAACUAAUUUUCACAGCAUUAGAGACGUUGCAAAUGACGAUGAGAAUAAAUGUCGAUUUGAUUAAUGAAGCUAUGAUAGAAAGGGAUAUAUAGCGAGCGAUGCCUUUAUGUGAUUCAGGGAUUUGUAUGGUGGGAAUUGGAGUCGAACUGCGUCACUGCGGUAAUGAUAAUGAGAUUCCCGCAUUUGGAGGAUCUAAGUGCCGUCAUUGGCUAUAAAUAAUAGAGUUUAGGUCAAUUAUUGUUCAUCAGUAUUCUUAGAAGUCAUUUUAAUGAUCCAAUUAUGUUUUGUUCCUA